UUCCGCACGUGCGUUGUUUACAUUCUUGAGGGAUGGAUUUCAGGGAGAAAAGCCUCCAAGGCGUGCUCCAGAAGAACGCUGAUGAAUUGGCCAGGUGGUCCGCCUUCAGAGAUGAGCAGAUGCAAGCGAUUGAGAAUCUGUACAACUUCCAGAAGCAACUGGAAGUGGAGAUAAUGGUGCCAAUUGGGAACAAGGCUCUGCUGCCGGGAUUCCUCUAUCACACUAAUGAAGUGAUGGUGACGCACUAUAAUGGACUCUUCAGCAAAUGUACAGUGCAGAAGGCACACGAGAUCCUCCAUUCUCGUGUGGAAAUUGCGAAUGAUCGUCUCAGAGCGCUGGAGGCUGAGAAAGAGAUGUUUGUCAACCGGCAAGAGCUGCCUGGGAUGCAGGACAUUUUCUCUGGUGAAGCACAGCAGGAAAUUAUGGAGGAGUACGAUGAGGAGAAGGAGGCAGAGUGGCGGAAGUUGCACAGGGAACGCUUGAGAGAGCACAAACAGCGAGAAGCUGCGGACAGAAAAGCUGGCAAGGUGGAAGAUGAGGAUUUCGACCAGCUAAUGGAGAGACUUGAGGAAUUAGAAAUGCUGGAGGAGAUCAACAAUGAGCUUGUGGAAGAAGGGCAAGAAGUGGAGGAAUGUCCGAGUCAAGAAGUUCUGCAAAUCAAGAGGAAAUCCUUGACAUUCUCUGACCAGGAUUCUGUGCAGGUCAUUCAAUCCCACGAAGCGCCCUGCAAAGCAGCCAGACAGCCGGAGUCUUCCCUCCCGCUCAAUCCUGAUCUCACUCUGCACUUGGAAGUCACUCACUCAACAGCUGUCUUCUCUCCUUCCGGAACAGCAGAGAUAACGAGUCCUGCUGACAUCUAUCGCGUCUUCGGUCAGUGCCUGGAGUCUCCCGAUCAGUCGGAAGCCGCUGUGCCCAAGUCAAUCCUGAAGAAUCGCGAAGCAGUGGAGCGAGAGAUUCAUUUGCCUGGGGACGGAGUCAGAGAAGCUGCCACAAAGAAGCGACCAGCGAAAGUUGUCUCUGUGGAUCAUUCUGCCAUUCUGGGCGAUGUGAUAGAGCGCAAUCCGGAAGGCGAAGGGAAUCCAGACACUGUAGAUGUUCAGAAAGUCCCUAAGCGUCCGAUAAGUCGGUUCAAGAGCGCUCGAGAGGCGAAUUCCUAGCAU